GCCAAGCAGUCUGCAACCUGCUGCUGCCCUACCCACACAUACCUCUGAAGAGGGCCCGGAACGGUAGAGGAUAAUCCUUUGGACAAUUUAUAUGGAAUUUGGAGAUUUAUCAGAUUUAUUUUUUUAACUCGUGGCUUAUUUGUGGAUGUAUUAUUUAUAUAUUUUAAGUGUUUUUUGGAGUAAAUAAUGUAAAAAAAAAAAAGAAGAUGUUUAAGCCACCACAGACAUAUUGAAAUUGGCAAUAGCUGUUCCAGAAGAGCACUGAACAUUAUAGCACUGAAUUGUUUUUGAAAUAGAAAUAAUUUUUGAACCUCUUUUACCCAUGGAUUUUGAGUGACACAUUGGACUUAUCUUGAGUCAUUUAAACUUAAAGGAGGACUAUCUGUCAUCAUAAUGAAUCUGGCUUCAAGGAUCAAACUUAUGAAGCAUUUUGGCUCAGUCCCACCAGACCCUCGACCCCCUCUGCUGGUGGUACCUCCUAAACCAGGUAUGGAGGAGAUAACGAUAUGGGAGCAACAUACAAUAACAUUAGUCAAAGAUCCCAAAGUGGGGUUUGGCUUCGCUCUGUCCGGAGGGAAGGACAAGCCUCACCCAGACAGCGGCGAUACAGCAGUGGUGAUUUCAGAUGUGCUGCCAAAUGGACCAGCCAUCGGGCGGCUGUUCACCAAGGAUCAGGUUGUCAUGGUCAAUGGGGAGUCAAUGGAGAAUGUCUACUCCAACUACACAAUUCAGAUUCUUAAGACAUGUGGAAAGACGGCUAACAUUACGGUAAAACGCCCCAGAAAGAUCCAGAUCCCAGCCACUACCUCCAGACCCAGCAGAGCUGCAUCUCACUCCAACCUGCUGGAAAAUGACGCUCCCCGGAGGCCACGCACAUACUCUGAUGGUAGCAACAACCGCGAGUACGACCGGUACCGCUCCAGAGCACGCAGCUCCUCUCCCGAUCGCAAUGGACACAAUGCACUGCCACUCAUGUCCUCCGGAUAUAAGAGACUGCCCCACGGAGUCACAGAAAAGCCCAUCAGGACCACUCUGGUCAAGAAGAGGAUCACAGAUGAAUAUGGACUGAAGUUGGGAAGCCAGAUUUUCAUCAAGCACAUGACAGAAACUGGACUGGCUUCAAAAGAGGGCACUCUGCAGGAGGGAGACCUCAUUCUCAAAAUUAAUGGUAUGGUGACAGAGAACCUUUCGUUACUGGAGACAAAGCACCUGGUGGAGAAGAGCAGAGGUAAACUGACCAUGACUGUACUCAGAGACAACCGCAAGUUCCUGGUCAGCAUACCGGAGGUGGUGGACAGCGCCCCCAACAGCGAGGACGAGCGCAGGCGGGACAGCAGCUCUGAACUCGAGGAUAUUUCAGACCUGGAUGAUGACAUACCCACACACAGAACACGCCACCCCACAAGAGAGAAACGCACACGCAGGAUUCGAGCUGAACAACCUGUGGCUGUGGCUCGUUCUCGGGAUGCCUCACCAGUCCGCUCCACUUUACCCCGACCUCCCCUGAAAACCUAUGCUCCUCGCCGACCUCCGUCUGAAUCUGAGUCGGACCAUAGUGCAUCUCCACCGCCAAGAAGACAUACCCCAGAUUUGAGGGAUAACUCCAGUAAAUACAAGAGCUUAUCUGGCUUGUCGACGUUGCCCAACCCUAAAUCCUCUCCUCUGACGCCCUCCUGGAGCGUAGACCGACUCGCCUCCACCUCAUCCCGACCCCGCAAACCUGUGUCUGAGUCGGACUCGGACCGCAGCCCCUCACCUCCUCCCACCAGAGGGAACUCCACACUGGAUAGAUACAAACCUGUUCCAGAUCUAGCCUACGCAGGAAUGAAAGCGUCACCCAUCCCUGUCCGAAAUGAGCCCUAUCGGAGGGUCAGCUCCCCCGUCAGAGCCCCUCCCCCAGACUCUGAGUCGGAGUCUGAAGAAAGCGCUGGUCGUCCUCAAAGGCAGAGCACCACAUACAGCCAGGACUCGUACAGCAGAUACAGAGUGCUGCCCGACGUCUCUGUGGACCCUCCCAUUUGGAGCAACACCAGCACCACAGCCAGCAACCCACCACCUCAAGCCCCUGAGACAGAGUCAGAGGCCAGUUAUGCAUCUGUGCCAAAAAUGCAGUCAACCAACAGUGACCUCUCCAACACUGUCAACAACCGAUACAGAGUCCUUCCUGAGUCCAGUGUAGUCCCAGUGAAACGGGAAGCACCUCAACGUGCCCCAUCGCCCACCAGCCCACCCCCUGAUGAUUCAUCAGAGUCAGACCAGCUUUUCCAUCUUCGUCGUUCAGGUAGUUCUGAACGGGAGGACAACCAUCGCAGUGCUCCUCACGCUAAUAACCCAAUAGCCACUGGAACCUCUGGCAUUUCAGUGAAGAGUAACCCACCAAUUUACUCCAGACCUGCAGAUGAGCCCAUCUAUUUGCUGCCUCCAGAUUCUUAUCCAGCCACGACACCAGGAUACAGCUCAGAUGUCCACACGGUGUCCUUUGUGAAAGAGGGCAGUGUGGGGCUGAGGCUGGUCGGAGGAAACGAUGUGGGAAUCUUUGUGGGCGGAGUCCAACCCAACAGCCCUGCCUACGAUCAGGGCAUGAAGGAGGGUGACCAGAUCAUGCAGGUGAAUAAAGUUGAUGUUGGCCAUUUCACACGGGAAGAAGCAGCCAACUUCCUUCUCAAUAUAAAGAGUGGGGAACGUGUAGAGAUUGGCACACAGAAUAAAAUGGACCUUUAUAAGAAGAUUAUGAAGUCUAAUUUGGGAGACAACUUCUACAUCCGUACACAUUACGACCAUGAAGCAGAAGGUCCCAUUGGCCUGAGCUUCACCAGAGGAGAAGUGUUCAGGGUCGUGGACACAAUGUACAAGGGGAAGCUGGGCAACUGGAUGGCCAUUCGAAUGGGCAACGACUUGCACGAGCUGGACAAAGGCACCAUCCCCAACCAGGCCAGGGCUGAGAAGCUUGCCGCCAUGGAGCAGGCACAAAGGGCCAUUGGAGCCAGAACCAAGACUGACUCUGGACCGAGAGCCGAGUUCUGGAAAAUCCGGGGUCUCAGAGGAAACAAAAAGAACGACAAGACGAGGCGGACGCGGGACGACCUGCUGCAGCUCACCAUACAGGGGAAAUUCCCUGCCUACGAAAGAGUCCUGCUCAGAGAAGCUAAUUUCAAACGGCCAAUCGUCAUUCUGGGGCCUCUCAAUGACAUUGCGAUGGAGAAGUUGGCUCGGGAAAUGCCUGAUGAAUAUGAAGUGGCAGAGAUGGUGCCUCGCAGUGGAUCUGGAGACAGUUCCUCAACAGUCAUUAAAUUGGACACAGUGAGGAGAAUAGCAGAGAAGGACAAGCACCCCCUGCUGGAUAUCACUCCAACUGCAAUAGAGAGACUUAAUUACAUUCAGUAUCAUCCAAUGGUGUUGUUCUUGGACCCUCACAGUCGAAAAGACGUGAAAGCCAUGAGGCAAAGGUACAGUCCAAAGUCCAACAAGAGCUCCAGACGCCUCUACGCCCAGGCACUCAAACUCAGGAAGCACUGCAGCCAUUUAUUCUCUGCUCGUAUUGACCUGCAGCCUCACAAUCAUGUUUGGUAUGAGGCUUUGAAAGAUAAAAUUCGUCAUCAACAGUCCAAACCCGUCUGGGUGUCUGAAGUCACGUUGGAGGCUGGGGGAGAGCAAGACCUGGAUGCCCUGGACCAAACCACAUCGGACUACCUGAGUGCAGCCAGUGACCUGGAGGACACGGACGGAGAAGCCUUCACUGACGACGCUUACACUGACAACGAGGACCUAGAGGAGACAUAUGCCAUCCAGGACACAUCCCGAGCUUCACGUGUUUCCAGGAUGGCCGGAUCUGCUUUAGCCCGCUCCUCUGAACCUGUCGACAUGGAUAGUUCCAUCAUGGACACUGAUCAGCACUCCGAUAUCUCCCGUAGAGAUCAUAGAGAAAUCCCACCCCUAAUGCACGUUCCUGAGCCUAGAACCUACAGACAGGAGCAGUAUAGUCCCCCACAAAGUCCAGCAGAGGAGGAAGAAACAGGUCACCGCAGUUUUAUGGACUCGGACUUCGGUACUUUGGAUGUAGUUCAACCCACAACCCCCUCCGAUGGACCCCCUGACUUUGUGGCCCCAGACCCCACCCUCAGGUACUCUGUGAAUGAGCAGUCGGCUGAUGAGGAAGAGGAAGAGGAGGAGGAUAGGGCAAGUCCACCACUUGCAAGUCUGUCUGCAAUUGAGGAUAAACUGGAGCAGGCUCGUCAGGCCGAACCACAAGCACAACCGGAGGACAAGAAAGCCUUCAUCACAGAGAUGCCCUCGUCGUCAGGACAACCGGGUCAGGGCAAGAAGAUCGGCCACAGAGGAGUCGAUGCAUCAGGAGAGACAACUUACAAGAAAACCACAUCGUCAGCCUUGAAAGGUGCCAUCCAGCUGGGCAUCGGUUACACAGUGGGCAACCUGAGCUCUAAACCAGAGAGAGACGUUUUAAUGCAAGACUUCUACGUCGUGGAGAGUAUUUUCUUUCCCAGUGAAGGGAGCAACCUGACUCCGGCUCAUCAUUUUCCAGAUUUCCGCUUUAAAACAUACGCUCCUGUGGCCUUUCGUUACUUCAGAGAGCUGUUUGGCAUCAGGCCAGAUGACUACCUGUAUUCUUUAUGUAACGAGCCCCUGAUCGAACUGUCCAACCCGGGGGCCAGCGGUUCAGUUUUCUACCUGACAAAAGACGACGAGUUUAUCAUCAAAACUGUGAUGCACAAAGAGGCUGAGUUUUUACAGAAGCUGCUGCCUGGAUAUUAUAUGAACUUAAAUCAAAACCCUCGCACUUUGUUGCCCAAGUUUUUCGGGCUCUACUGUGUCCAGUCAGGUGGGAAGAACAUUCGAGUGGUGGUCAUGAACAAUGUGUUGCCGCGGGUGGUCCGCAUGCACCUCAAAUAUGACCUGAAGGGCUCCACGUACAAGAGGCGGGCAUCCAAGAAGGAGAGGGAGAAGGCUAAACCCACUUUCAAAGACCUGGACUUUAUGCAAGACAUCCAAGAUGGGCUUAUAUUGGACCAAGACACUUACAACGCACUGGUGAAGACGCUACAGCGGGACUGCUUGGUGCUGGAGAGUUUUAAGAUCAUGGACUACAGUCUGCUGCUGGGAGUGCACAACAUGGACCAGGCAGAGAGAGAGAGGCAGAUGGAGGGUUCCCAGGGAGACGAAAAGCGGCCCGUGGCCCAGCAGAAGGCCCUGUACUCUACCGCCAUGGAGUCCAUCCAGGGGGGGGCAGCGUGUGGGGGGUCUAUAGACACUGACGACACGAUGGGUGGUAUCCCAGCUGUGAAUGGCAAAGGGGAGCGUCUUCUUCUGUACAUUGGGAUUAUCGACAUCCUACAGUCCUAUAGACUAAUCAAAAAACUGGAGCACACAUGGAAGGCCUUGGUUCAUGAUGGAGACACUGUGUCUGUGCACCGGCCAGGUUUCUAUGCCGACAGGUUUUACAAGUUCAUGAGCAACACUGUCUUCAAGAAGAGCUCCUCUCUGAAGUCAUCUCCCUCAAAGAAAGGCCGAGUAUCGCUCACGGUGCCCAGCAACAAGUGUCUAAUAGGACCCGGGGCAGCGUGGUCGGCCAGUCAGCUAACUUCAGAGAGAGACGAGAACAUCUACGAUUUGAGAGGAGCACGCAGCUUCCCUACACUCGAGGAUGAAGGGCGACCUGAUCUUCUUCCUUGUACUCCUCCCUCAUUUGAAGAAGCCACAACAGCCUCCAUCGCUACUACUCUGUCAUCCACAACUUCACUGUCCAUCCCCGAGAGAUCGCCCUCAGACACAGCCGAGCACCCGCGAUACAGGUACAAACUAUCGCGGCACACCCAGUCCCUCAGCCACGACGUAAGAACACAGGAGGAGCUUCGGGUGCGAGAGGAGGACCAGCAGACCAUCACUGUGGAGGUGGAGUUGAAACGGCCCGAUAGUGAACCCACCUUCUCUGUCCCUGAGACACUUCCUAAACUAAGUGAUGUCCAGGAAGUAGACAGUGUCGGAGCAGAGGCAGCAGUCCCGUGCAGCUCCAUUGACCCUGAAGUCCCCUGUUCCUCCUCAGCCCCCCUGUGCGCAGACGUGCCCCCCUCCAGCCCAAAGGUGAUGGUGGUGGAGGAAGCGGACCCACCAAGCCAAGUGUCCGGAUCAGGGUGCACCAGCCAGGCCUCUAUCGAUGACGAGGAUGACGUGCCAAUCACAGAUAUUUACCUUCCUCCAGAGGACAAGACCUGGGUGUAUUCUCCGCUACACUAUGAGUCUGAGGCCGUGCCAGAUGGGGAUUGGGAAAAAGAGACAUAAACCCUGACUGAAACAUCUCAGCGAUGGGAGAAGCUGGUCUGCGAUCCAGACUUCAGCAGUGGCCCCAGGAUCUCGGUCUAGACAUGGAUUUAUGAACUUUAAAGACUGAAUCCUCCAGAGGUCAAAGGUGACUCCAGUCCUGUGGGGAAGAUCCUGACAUUGAGGACAACAUCACAAAAGUUGAAUCGCUGAGUGAAUAUGUGUUAUAAGUGUACCAUAAUGCUCUAGUUGUAAGUGUCCAACAUCAAAAUACUUUUCUGUGUCUUUUCAUGCACUGUACAAGGUCCAGUUUGACUAACUCCACAAAGCAAUUUAUUACUAAACUACAACUCGGCCAAUGAUACUGAUACUGAAGAUCUAAAUGUGGCAUUGACGUUUGUAAACUGUGUGCUGUCUCUUACCAGCAAAAAGCAGUGUCCACCCAAGAGACCACUGAUUUUAUUGUGCCAAGUAUCAAUGUGGAUCGAAAUCUUCACCACAAAUACACCAUAAAUAAUUGGUCUAUGGAUGUUUGUUUGCCGUUAUUAUUUGUAUUAAAUGUUUUUUUAUUUUUAUUUAUUGUUUUUCUCAUUUAACUGAACAUUUCAUUUAUUAUUUGCACCCAAAGAGAUUUUAAGACUCUUUUUUCUUAGUUCUUACAUUACUAGUAUUGUUAUGUAAAUUCAGUGUUAUUGCAUCCCUCACAAUUUAGUUUAUUCUUUCUUUCUUUCACAAAUCCAUUUUUCAUAGUAGGAGUCAUUACUAUUUGCUUUUACCUUUCUCUACAUCUUCUCUUAUCGACAUCGCUGGACUCAUAAAAAAUUGUAUGGUUGUCAUGUUUACAUUUUUUGAAAAAAAUAAUAAUUUUGGGACAAUUCUCUUAAAAUUUUCACCUCAUCACUACAACUAGUCCACUGGAUAACUCAGAAGUUGUUGUUCUGCUUUCACUUGUGUAUGAGUUAUCUGUCUAUUGAAUGAAGUAUGCCAUAGUUUAUGAAUGGGUUGAAUGUUGAAAAGGGGACAUAUGCAGUGGCCAAAAAGUACAUUGCAGAUACAUCUAAAUUUAGUCACGUGGGGAAAUGUGGAUUUGUUUCAGCAGUUACUAUUUUAAAAGAAACAGGUAUACAUUAUUUUUUGGAUGCUCCUUCUGUUACAAGCCUUUACAUUUGUUUUGUUUUUGUGCAUUAAAUAUAAUUGGUAAAAUUUUUAUUUUACCCAUAAACAAAAUAUUGAAAUAAUUCCACAUUUCCAUGAUAAACUUUUACUGUUGUGCUACUGUAUUUUGAUCAAAAUGUUGUUUUUGUUUUCUACUAAAAGAUGUUUUUAAAUGUAAUAUCAAAGCUAACAGGCAUCUUUACUACUGACACAAGUGGAAAGUCUAUGUUGUUUAAUUUGUGUACAUUUUGUGCAUUUGUUUCAGUAGCAGGACAUAUCAGUAUCACUCGAGAUGUAAAAUAGUUUAACUCAUUAGAUGUGCAGUUGUAAACAUCUCACUUUUGUUCACCAGACUGAGACAAGAGCAGCAAUAUUGUGUACGAUCUUUUCAGUUGAUGCCUUAUUGAAAAAACAUGGGCCUGUUGUUUUUUCACUUGUGUUGGUGUAUUUUAUUUAGUAGUCUUUAGUCGUGCUCCUUAGAAUGUGUACAUAAAAUUAUAAAUACAUAUAUAAAGAUAUACAAAUAUAUUUUCCAUUUGAAUCGGAGAAUAUUAUUUUUAUUUGUGUUUAUUUUUGCUGCUGGGCAAAAAACAAUUGCAAUCUAAUACAUUUUCUGUAUCAUAUUCUUGUGUGUUCAAUGAGGAGCAGCUGCUGUAUAUUUAGGUUCAUAAUCUUGAGCUGUUACUUUGUAAAAAUGUCCCCAAAAAAUAAUGGACAGAUCAGUGGGAUCUACUGUAAAACAUGCAAAUCUAUAGAGAUUCUUCCAACUGUUCUGCUGUGUUUGUUGUGUAUAUGUUUUUUGUUGUGUGCUCUCAUCCAAUAGAGUGGGUCCUUUGCAGAGACAUAGCAUGAUUUCCAAUGAAUAUGCAUAUCAGAAUUGUGUAUUUAUGUAUAUCUGUUGUACAUUCAUCUAUUUACGAGUGCGGAUAAAUAGAUGGCUACGUGUGUGUGUGCGCGUGUGUCUGGACUCAAUCAAAAUGAAAACAAAAUAAAAGAUG